AAGAUAUGACCUAUCAACAGGCUGCAUAACCUUUACAUUUUUGUUUGGGAGUUAGAUGUUUUAUCAAGUUUUAUAUAAUGUGUUAGAAAGAUAAUUAUUAUCGUACCGUAUUAAUUGUCAAAGUGAACACUGGUCUUUUAUAAAAGUUAUAUUUCGUUUCAACGAUAAAAGAGCCCCGUAAUCUAUAACUAGUGUCGAAUAUAUCAGUGAACUAAUUUUAUAUUAGUUUAUAAAUAGAAACUAAUUGUAAGUAUAUGUUUUCUGUGAGAAAAUUUGUGCAACACAUUGUUGGAAGGCAUUACUAUCAUACAACUGAAACCAAAAUGUCUUUAGAACAAGCAAAGUUAGUAGCGGCAUAUCGCGCUGUCGAUGAAUUUGUGCAAAAUAAUAAUAUUGUUGGAAUCGGUAGUGGUUCAACUGUUGUAUAUGCAGUGCAACGUCUCGCCGAAAGAGUGGAAACAGAAAACCUUAAGGUGACAUGUAUUCCAACGUCAUUUCAAGCAAAGCAGUUAAUUAUCAAACAUAAUCUUAUAUUAGGAGAACUUGAUACAAAUCCCACUAUUGAUGUUACCAUAGAUGGAGCUGAUGAAGUUGAUGCCAAUAUGACAUUAAUAAAAGGAGGUGGUGGUUGCUUACUGCAAGAGAAAAUUAUUGCAUCAUGUUCAAAAAAGAUGAUAGUAAUCGCAGAUUAUACUAAAGACUCUGAGAAAUUGGGUGAUAGAUACAAAAAAGGAAUACCUAUUGAAGUUGUUCCCAUGGCUUAUGUACCUAUAAAAAUAAAAAUCAUACAAAUGUUCGGAGGGGAGAUUAAAUUGAGAAGUGCAAUUGCAAAAGCCGGACCUGUUGUUACCGAUAAUGGUAAUUUUAUUCUUGAUUGGUUGUUUACUAACCAAGAUCUAGAUUGGGAUCAAGUCAAUUCUGAAAUAAAAAUGAUACCAGGUGUUGUAGAAACUGGUUUGUUUGUAAAAAUGUGUAACAAAGCCUAUUUUGGACAGGCAGAAGGCACUGUUGCCGAGAGAUCUAAUUAAAUAGCUCGAGGCAUAAAUAGGAUUAAAUAGUUAAGAAUAAGAUUUUGUUACUUAUAAGUGACAUGUUUUUUAUAUGUAUGUAACCGUUUCUUUGUCAAAAUAUUUUUAUUGAUAUGAAAUAUACAGUAAAAAUCAUAA